AUGGCUUUCGAUGUGCCGCUGAUCAUCCUCUACCUGGCGGUUCCGAGCAUUCUCUUGUCUGUCAUACAACAGUUGCUACAAUGGAGGAAAAAGAAAGACAUCAAGUUUCCUGGCCCUCGACAGUUCCCUAUCGUGGGCAGGGUUCAUGACCUGCCGAGGUACUCCAUGUGGAAGAAGUUCAAAGAAUGGGCAGACAUCCAUGGACCAAUCUAUCAGACAAGCAUGGGCGGCCAGACCUUUGUCAUUGUCUCCGACGAAACCAUCGCAGAAGAGCUCCUUAUAAAGAGGGGCCACAUCUACUCGGGUCGACCGCAGAUCAGAGCCCUCUUCAACCACAAGCAGGGUGUAGGCUACGUUGCCCUUAUGGACCGCACUGACCACUGGACAAAGCAGCGCAAGUGGGUGCACGCGGCGAUGGCAGACGCCCACAAACACCACUUCUACGGACACAUCGAGGCCGAGACCAAGCGCUACCUCAUGAUGCUCGCGGCAGACCCGAUCCGCUUCCUGGACCACUCGCGCGAGCACUGCGGGCGCAUCAUGUCACGGCUCGCGUGGGACGAGGCCUCGCAGGGGAAGAAUAACGGCGAGUCUGCCGACUGCACGCUUCACUGCAUGUCGGUAUCGGGCCCAAUCGUGAACACGAUGACACCUCUCUGGCACAUCCCGGACCCGUUCAACCCGUGGAAGGCAUUUGAACGCAAGCGCGAGGCUGCCCAGCGCGCGUGGUGGACCAACAACUACCGGGUCGCAAAGGAGAAGUUUCGGAGAGGGGAGCUGCCCAAGGACACUUGGGCUUACAGGUAUAUUGCAGAGGUGGCAAGGGAGCAGAAAGGCAGCCUCGAACAGAGCGAGGACCAGGAGACCUUUGCGGCUUGUACCAUAGGGUUCUUCAACCUCGUCGGCGUAGUGACCAUCGCCGGCCCGCUCAAGUUCUUCCUGAUGGCCAUGGCACUGCACCCAGAGUGGCAGCGCAAGGCGCAGGAAGAAAUCGACGGUGUGUGCGGAGAUCGCAUGCCCUGCGUCCAAGAUUUUGCCGAGAUGCCUAUUGUGAGGGCUCUUUUGAAGGAGACGAUCCGGUGGAGAUCAAGUGUCCCGCUGGGCGUGCCCCAUCAGGCUGAGCGCGAUGAUGAGUACCGCGGUGUUAAAAUCAAGAAGGACACCAUCGUCCUAGCAUGCGAGUGGGCUAUCAACCGCGUCGAGUCCAAAUACCCAGACCCAGAGACCUACCGUCCAGACCGCUGGCUCGACCCGUCGUUCCCAACAUAUCAGGAGCCGCUGUCCAGGUAUCCCAACUUCCGCGACAGCAAGUUCGGCAUGCACAGUUUCGGCUACGGCCGGCGCAAGUGUCUUGGUAUGGAUAUCGUGGACGACGAGCUGUUCGUGACAGGGGCGGGCCUGCUGUGGGCUUUCAAUAUGGGCCAGGCCAUCGACAUUGUCACAGGGGCCAAGGUGCCGAUUGAUACGCAGGCGACCAACAGCCAUGUCAUUCUCGAGCCGAGCUGCUUCGAAAUGAGGUUCGCGGUGAGGAGCGAGGAGAGGAGGGCACAGCUGGUGAGGAACUAUGGGGAGGUCGCCGGUGGGCUGAAGGUGUAUUGAGCUGGAAAUGGUCAGUAGCAAUUGUAUAUUGUCGUUCACAGCGCAAGUCUAGGGUGCUUGUACGACUGUGACCCGAACCGCGCAGCCCUCUUCAGUCGCAUGUUGUAUCAGUAGUUUGGUCAUGCUUCGGAGACUGGCCUCAGUCCUCGUUGCAUCUGCUCUUCUAAAGAUAUUAAUGAUACUAAUAGAGAAUUGAAAGAC